ACCUUUUUUCCUAGUCUUGUUUUCUGUGUUUCUCACAAAACACCGUUUUUUGACGUUUCCGUAGUUUCCAUUUGUGAUCACUUUUUGAGACCUUUUUUUUUUCUCCUUUCCUAUUUAAUUCCUUCACAAUCACCCCUUUUUAUGGCCUCAAACAAGAAUUUUUCGAAUUUUGAUCCAGAGUAAUCUCUUAUAUAUACAUUUUUUUUUCUGUGUUUUUGGUUAGAAAAUAACUGGGCGAAAACCCAUGUCUGGAACUGCGGUUUCUGUGGAUUAAUCACGUCUUUCUGGCUGCUAUUGGAAUCUUGAAGAAAAAUCUCAAAUUUUUGGGAUUUUGACGAUGGAUAAUUGGAGAAGGCAAAAGUGGGAUAAUCAUGGACAGCAACCUCCCAGAAGAAAAUCACCACAGUAUAAGAAGCCACCCCGUGCUAGCUUGAUCGGUAAAGGAAGAUGGUUGGAGGGCUGCAAGUAAAACUUCGUCAAAUCUUGUGGAAAUGCAGUUGGCAGCCGAGAGUCCCUGCAUGGGAGAAAGAAUUCUGCAAAGUGAUAGGUUCACUAGAUUGGGAAACAUUUUUGCACAUGAAGAAAUUCAUUCAUCUAUACAAUAAUGUGCUCGAGUGGGAUGACUCUGCAGGUGAGAAGGCAUUUCACGAUGCCAAGAAACGAUUCUGGGCAAAAAAACAGGGCCUCCCCUGUGAUGAUGCAUCAUUACCUGAUCCUGAUCUUUACAUUGAUGAUAUAAAUUGGAGUUCAGAAAUUGAUCCUGAGAUUCUAUUGGAGCUCGAAUGCAAACCUGAAGUUCCUAAGGCAGGUGAAGGCCAUGAAACCGUCGUAAUCUUCGGUGAUUCUUUCCUCGCAAACCAAGCAUUCUUAUCGACUGGCUGGGGUGACAACGAAGAGAAUUUUAAAAUACCAAAAACUAAUGAAUCUCCUGCUAAGUAUGGAAAUCUAGGGGAGCAUUACUGGGAUGGAACUGCAAAUGGAUGCGCUGAUUAUCGCAAAAAUACAUGGCACGUGAAUGAUGGCAGUGGAGCUAUCAGACAUAUGGCAUCGGAAGAUGGUUGGAAUCAUUUCAAUGGUUGUGGUUAUAAGAAUUUGGAAGACAAGAAAGCAGACAAUGUCCAGAGAUCAUGGGACGUCAACAAUUUGGGGAGAGUCAGUGAUGCUGGACAAUACUUUCCAAGAUACAGAACUUCAAGAUUUCAAGGCAUUCGAGCACCAUAAAAACCACCUAUGGUGGAAGGACAGAGGUCGAAGGAGUUAAUAUAGGCAUGAUUUAUUUCAUUUCAUUCCAUUCCAUUUCUUUUAAUAUGCAUCUUUUAAGUAGUGUAUAUAGUACUAAAUUCAGCAAAGUCUGCUGUAUACAUUGAGUUUCUGUAGAGUAUAUUCUGUACUUAGUUCCCUACAAAAUUUUGUAAGAUAGUUUUCUGAUAUUAAGGUAUUGUAUUUUUAAGUCAGUACUGGUUUCUGUCUAUAUAUAAUGAACGUUUUGUUGUCAGUAAUUGAAUAUUCUAGUGUUUGAA